AUGACUUGGAUGGAAGCAGAAAAAAAGUGUAAUGAAUUAGGUGGACAUCUGGCAUCUGUAGCUGAUGAAUAUGAAGAUCAGUUUGUUUCUGAUGUUGGAAGAAGUGCUAAUUUAUCAAUUCCGACAAUAUGGCUUGGCCAGUUGACUAAAGUGGAUGACAACGAGUUCUGUAUAUGGAAUGAUGGAACAUCAGGAGUAUACUUACAUGAGUUCAAAGUGCCAAAAGGAUUUGCUAUUUGUAUGUCAUUAUGGGUUGAUUGGUACGGUGCGGAAGGAUCGUGGAACGAUUGGAGCUGCGAUUAUCCUGCAGGUUUCUCGGCUCUCUGUAAACGAAAAUGGAGAUCACAAGGAAAUCCAGGAACUGAAACAUCAACAGUACAAGGUAUAAUUUCUCUCACAGCUUAUUCAAGCCGUCGAUGUUGCGCAGUCUCAACAAAAUGCGCCGGAGAAGGCCAAAAUCUUAGUUGCUUAGAAGGUGAACACUGCGUACCAGAUGAUCAGGACUGCGAGACACAAAACUGUCCAAGUACUGGUCUUGGAUGGUGCUUACCUGCGCCCAGUGCUUAA